AUGAACUUUGGCUUCUCGGCCGAGCAGGUCUCGUGCGUGUGCGAGGCGCUGCUGCAGGCAGGCGACCCGGGCCGGCUGGGCCGCUUCCUGGGCUCGCUGCCGGCCGAGGAGGCGGCGCGGCUGGAGGCGUCGGGCUCGGGCUCGGGCUCGGCGGGCGAGAGCCUGGCCAAGGCGCGGGCGCUGCUGGCCUUCGAGCAGGCCGACUUCGGCGAGCUGUACCGGCUGGUGCAGAGCCGGCCCUUUGGGGCGCCCCACCACCCCUUCCUGCAGGACCUCUACCUGCGGGCGCGCUACCGGGAGGCGGAGGCGGCGCGGGGCCGGGCGCUGGGCGCCGUCGACAAGUACCGGCUGCGCAAGAAGUUCCCGCUGCCGGCCACCAUCUGGGACGGCGAGGAGACGGUCUACUGCUUCAAGCGCCGCUCCCGCGCCGCCCUGCGCGACUCCUACGGGCGCAGCCGCUACCCGAGCCCCGAGCAGAAGCGCCGCCUGGCCCGCGACACCGGCCUCUCGCUCACCCAGGUCAGCAACUGGUUCAAGAACCGGCGGCAGCGCGACCGAGGAGGAGGAGGAGGAGGCACGCCCAGCAAGAGUGAAUCUGAUGGGAACCCGAGCACAGAGGACGAAUCCAGCCGCGGUCCUGAAGACAUGGAAGCUGCUGGGGGGCUGUCCACCAACCAUGAGGGAAUCGUGGCCCCCGGCGGCCUGUUCCUGCCGGCGGCCUGCACCAGCGCCUCUUCCAUCCUUCUGAACGGGAACUUCAUCACCACCAGCUCUCCCCCGACCAUGCUCCUGAACGGGGGCUCGGUGAUCCAGACCCCCACCGGAGGGGUCAUCCUGAACGGGUUGACUCUAGGAGACAACCAAACCAUCACCCUCAGCCCCGUGGCAGCUCCCAGCCCACCCAUCCUCCUGAACGGCUCUGCCAGCCUGCUGAGCCCCAGGCCCUCCAAGACGGAGGAGAUGGGCAAAGCCCCACCGGACACCCUCUCCCCAACCACGGUCAUCCUCAACCCGGUGGCUCUCCAGGGAGAGGUGAAGUCAGAGAACAUCGACCCGCUGGCGUUCGGGGUGGAAAUGAAGCCAGAGGAUGGGCAGGGGGCAGCCCUCCCUCCCCUCCUGUCUCUCCCGGAGACCUCCCCACUCCUCUCCGAGCACAAGGGGGCGCUGUUGGCUGCGGUGCCCAUGCCUCAAGUGGUCCCUUCGAAUGAAGAAAGUCCCACGGUCCCCCUGUUGCCCAUCUACACCAUGUCCCAUGGGGCUCCGCCACCUCAACUGGUCUCCAUUCCUCAGGUGGCGCAGGGCUCCCAGCUCAUCUCCUUGCCCCAAGUGGUGCCCACCUCUCAGGUGGUGACUCUGCAACAGGGCAUGGGCACUCCCAUCCAGAUCCUGACAAGUGCCGCCCCCAUCAAGGUGGGCCCUGUGGCUGGGACCCCACAAGGCACAGGAGGCCUUGGCCAGAACAACGUCCAUCUUCUCAACACCGGUGUCGGCGUUACAGCCCUGCAGCUUCCAAGCUCUUCUGCUCCAGGUAACCUUAUCCUGGCCAACCCAACCACCGGCAAUAGCACCAUCGUCACCGGCAUGGCCGUUCAGCAAGGCAAACUUAACCUCACCGCCACCUUCCCAGCUAGCAUGCUGAUGACCCUUGUCCUCUCCGCUCCGGCAGCCUCAACCUUGACUCUUCCCAUCAAGCAGGAGGUGGCGGUGGCCACACCGGUAGCUCUGGGGGCCUCUGAAGGCAAUGGUGGGUUGCUUCCCGGAGUCCCCUCAGUGUUGCCCUCCGAAGUCUCCCCUCUUUCGUCCUCCAACAGCACUGGGCCAGCCAGCGUGGCCUUUGGAUCAGACAUCAGCCCAGGCUCCCUUCUUUCCAGCUUCUCCCAGCCAGAGACCCUGUCCAUGUCCCAGCCGCAGGUGGUGUGGUCCAGCCCGGUGAGCCUGGACCUUCAGGGGAACAACUCUGAGGGGCUGUUUGAGAUGGAGAAGGGGUCAAUGGAGGAGCUCCGGUUGCCUGAGGGCGAGGGUCUUCUGCUGGAUGCUGCUGAGGGGGAUGCCCUGGGUCCCGAAGCUAUGGACUCGGAUGAGAAAGUGCUGACUCAGCUGCAGUCGGUCCCAGUGGAAGAGCCUCUGGACCUGUGA